AUGCAAGCCUUCUUGUCGGUCCUGGCCCUCUCUACUUUGUGCGCUUCUCGUCUAGCGACUGCCAAAGAUAAGGAAGAGGCCAACUGGGGUAAUGUGACGGGCACUUCCCCUGUGACCUUCCCGCAAAACGUGGGCUUUGGCGGUGAACAGAAGUCUGGCGGCUCACCUUUUAAUGCGAUGGUCGACACGCUUGGUAGUGACCAUGAUGAUGUCGUGGAAAUGCGCUGGAAACCCAAGGAUGCGGAAAAAGAUCACUCCUCGUGGGAGGAUCUUUGGUACAAUUUGGGCGAGUUUGCACCGUACCACGCAGCCAAACGCGUGUUCCCUGACAUGGUCUCGCACUCGACAGUGCCGAAGCACUGCACUAUCAAGCAGGCGCACGUUCUUCAUCGACACGGUGCCAAGUUUCCCGAUAAAGGCCAUAAAAAUGGACCUGGCAACUUUGGAAAAAUUGUCAGUGACCAGCGCAAGCAGGGCAAGCUGAAUGUCUCGGGCGACCUUUCAUUCCUGGAGGACUUUGACUAUGACCUAGGCCAAAAAAUUCUGACGCAUCAGGGCUCCGAGCAGAUGUUCCGAUCGGGUGUGAAGCACUACUAUGACUAUGCCCAGCUAUUGGACAAGUACCACAAGAAGCCCGUGUUCCGUACCUCCUCUCACAGCCGUGUCGUUGACUCCGCGCGCUACUUUGGCUUGGGCUUUUUCGGCUGGGAUGCAUCAAAUCACUACAACCUCGAGGUAUUGACGGAGACAGACUACCAGAAUAAUACGCUGGCUCCCAAGAAUGCUUGCAGGAAUGCUGACAAUGACGACUUCAUGUAUGACGAGUAUCUCAGCUCGCAAUGGCAGAACAUUUACCUUGAGGCACCUCGCAAGCGUCUGCAGGAAAACUUCCACUCGUACAAUCUUACUAAGACGGAUGUCUAUAACAUGAUGCUGUCAUGCCCCUACUUGACGAGUGGCAUUGGUUUCUCGCAGUUCUGCCACCUUUUCACGAAGGAGGAAUGGGAAAACUUUGCAUAUGACCAAGACCUGCAGCUAGUGGGUAAGCACGGAUUCCAGAACCCCACGGCACGAGCUGUCGGUGUGCCGUACGUCCAGGAGCUUGUGUCACGUCUGCAGAAGCACAAGUUCACGGGCCCUGUCACGGCGCAGAACAUGACGAUCACCAGCAACGAGACCUACUUCCCACUCGACCAGCCGCUGUACAUCGACUUUUCACACCACAGUGUCAUGUUCAGUGUUGUGACAGCGCUGAAUCUGACGCAGUUUAAGGAGGAAUUCAACCCAACGAAGCCAAACCCUAAGCGCAAGCUUCGAUCGGGUGACGUUACGCCCAUGGGCAUGCGCCUGGCCUGGGAAGUGUUGGACUGUGAAGACGAAGACAUGUAUAUUCGCUUGAAGCUCAACGAUGUGGUGUAUCCUCUAGACGAAUCGAACGGCUGUGAAAAGCGCAAAGACGGUCUCUGCAAACUGGACACGUACGCUUCGUACUUGGACAAGCACGCCUACGAAGCCUCCAAGUUCGACCUCGCGUGCUUUGGCAAAAAUGGCACCGACUUUGUCCUGACUGGUCCCGUCCAGGAUGGCACGAUCCCUCAGCAUGCUAUUAAGAAGUAG